UGGAAAUUAGGAAGGUUCAUACGUGUACGGCCCAGAUAGAAUCUUGCAUAAACAAAUUCCUAGUAAAGCUUGUUACCUACCUAACAAAGCUUGUUGCUACAAAUUUUUGACAGCAGAUAAUUAUAAAUGAAUUUAUUUCAAGUUCUGUUAUAUUAAGUUAUGUUUUCAAUCUGCUUUCAUUCUGUUUAUUGCAAUAUCAAAACAAGUAGUUACGGCAAACAGUAUAAGAAACGAACUCAAAUAAAUAUUAUUCAAUAUGGGGCCCGAUUCUCGAUGCCUACAAAUGAGGUGCGCAUGCUAAAAUCCUAUAGUUUGUAUUAUAUAAACUAUAGGAUUUUUGCAUGUGCUUAUUUGUACGCGUCGAGAAUCGAGCUCUAGCUGUUUCUUUUAUUUUAUACAUAUCUAAACCUUGCUUUUUUCUAAAAAUAUAACGCACUUAAGAUUUUUUAUAUUACAGGGUAUUGCUGUUGUCUUUGUGUUAUGUGAGACUCGAACAUUCGCUCAAUAUCAGGCUAUAUGGGAAAAAUUAAUUGAAAUUGUACCAGAUUUAAAAAAUAAUGUACAAUUUAUAGUAGGAGAUUAUGAACGCGCUACAAAUAACUCCCUUCAUAAAUGUUUCCCCAAAGCCAGGUUGAAAGGGUGCUGGUUUCAUUAAAAUCAGCAGUAUUGCGCAAAUGGCGGCAACUUGGUUUAAAAAAUGCUCCUAGGAAAUUAAUAACGAUGGUUAUGUCUGUACCAUUAAUAUUUUCUUCUUUAUUAAUACCAGCUUCUUUAUUUGAACAAGCUUUUACAGUACUACAACACAUAGCUGAUUCUAUAUUCAGUGAUUAUCCUAUGGUAUUACAAUUUAUUUCUUAUUUACGUAUUCAGUAAUUAUCCUAUGAUAUUACAAUUUAUGUCUUAUUUACGUAAGACAUGGUUGCCUAUAGCAAACAAAGUCUCUGUGUAUGGCUGUCCUGUUCGCACUAAUAAUAUAGUUGAAAGUUUCAAUAACACGAUAUCAAGGAAAUUUGGAUGUAGACACCCAAAUGUUUGGAUAUUUAUUGAAAAUUUGAAAAAAGUACUUAUUGAUCAGGAAAUUGAUCUUUGUCGCUUACGAAAUAAUUAUCAAGCACGUAGACUUCAAACUCGAGCCAAUAGAGAAAAAAAUAAAAUGAUACUGAAUAAACAGAAGGAUUUCUUAGAAAAUAGAUUACCGCUUCCUGAAUUUCUAAAAUCAUUUAGUCGCUUUUAUGAAACUGAUUUGUAUAAUUCAGACAUGAUUGAUGAAGAUAUAAUCCAGCAGAACGAUAAUUAUGAAAUUAGUACUGAAUUUCUAUCAGAAAGUUACGAUUCUAACUCAAAUGAAAACAUUUGUGGAACUCAGAGAAUUUCUAUUGAUAACGUAAAUGUAAACAGUGUAGAAGAUUCAUUUACAUUAAAUCAGAGACAAGAUGAUAAACGAUUAUCUUCGCUAACUUUAAGGCAUACAUAUAUUGAUACAGAAGAAGGAGCAGCCAUUUCCGAAAAUGCCACUGACCUGGAUAUAAUCAAUAUGAAUUCUACAGAUCUUACUUCCCUUACACCGGCAAACAUAUUGGAAGAAGCUCAAAAUACACACAACACUCGAAAUUUAUCACAAUUAGUGAACUUGAGGACGAAACGAUUUAUAACAUUCUUGAAGAUGACUUUGAAUACUGGUACGCAGAUCAGAACAAUGCUCAAUAUGAUGUCGCGUAUCACGAAUUCAAACGCUUUUCUUUAGAAAAUAUAUGCAAAAAUAGCCAAGAAAGAGUAAGAUCUGAUCGUACGUGCACUAUUUGUAUUAAUGCAGAAUCUACUCAUCUUUUCAUACCGUGCGGUCACUUCUAUAUUUGUGAGGAUUGUGCUAGUCAAAUCUUGCAAGAUAAUGUUAAAAUGUGUCUAAUUUGCAAAGCACAAAUUUCAUCGGUACACAAAGUAUAUAUUCCAUAAAGAAAUCUUACUCUUAUUUUAUAUGUAUAAAAAUAUUUACAA